GAAGUAGUCAGAAAGGGAGAAAUGGCUUCAGAGAUGGCCCACGCGGCCCAAUGCGACCCGAAUUUCAUUAUCGAGCUCGCGGUUGGGCCUCCCUUCCCGCAGCUGGUGCCGCAAAAGGAAGGCUCCGGCCUGGUUAUCGGGCGUCAGUUCGUCCCCGCAGGCAAACCGAAGCGGUUUGUGAUGAAGAAGGCUCACCUGUCAAAGGACGACUUCCGUGUCUGGGACGAGCACGGCCGCCUGGUCGCCGUUCAGUGCCACUUCGGCAAGAACCCCUACAACAGCCUGGACCCUCUGGGCCUGAGCAACACCGUCAAUGCGCACAACAACAAGUUGGGCGAGUGGGAGAGCGUGUGCCAGCUGAGCGGCUAUGCGGGCAUGCCCCCCCUCAAGAUCCGGCCCAAGACCAUGUCCAUGCACGGCCGCCAGUACAUCCAGGACGCCAGCGGCCACCAGACGUUUGCCAACGUGGGCAAGGAGUCCCGCCUCAAGAGCAUGAGCAUCCGCCACAACCUGGCGGUGCGGCGCGGCAAUGGCAAGGACGUGAUCUACAGGGUGCUGGUGGACCUGUACGGCCGCACCAUGCAGAUUGUCAACCCUGAGGGCCAGCUGGUGGCGGUGGCGGUCAAGAGCGUGGAGGCGCUGAUCAAAACGGUGGCUUUCGGCUCCGGCAGUGAGCUGUUCGUAGACGUUGCGCCCGGGGCGGACUGGACGGCCAUCCUGGCGGUGGUGCUGGGAAUCAAGCAGGUGGGCGCGCACUUCGUGAAGGACGCCGUGAGCAACUUCGUGACGCAGCCGCUGACCAACGCCGCCGUGGACGGGGUGGUGGAUGCCACGGGGCUCGGCGCCACGGCGGCGGCGGCGGGGCACCAGCUGGACGGCGGCGUGCACGUGGUGCAGCAGAUGCAGAUGAUCUGGAACACCUUCUACCACUGACAGCACUCAUAGCAACAUGUCUGAGGAGCACAGCAGCAGGGGCCAGUCGCCCGGGAAUACAGAGAAAGGGAGGCGGCCCAGCGCUUGCAAGAAAGUGCUUCCCGGGGGCGGCCCCGUGGGGCGACCGUUGCUGGUGCUGCUGGGUGCGGCUGCGGCGUCAAGUCGUACGGUGCUUCGAGGCGCAGGAGAAUGCUUUGUGAACCCAAACUGGCGGAGUGUCCUAUGCUACCCAGCUUGUACAUGCUAGCGGGCGGUGUGGCCGUGGGGGGCUUAGGAUGCGUGCACGGAGGCCGCGUGCGGGUGUGAUUGUGAGCAUGGUUGGAUGUAAAUGGUGAGCCCGAUGUGACAGCAUGUGACACAAGUAAGGAUGUGGCAUGCUGUUAUGAUGAUAGGGGAGCGCGCCUGUGACAUGAUGUUUGCCUGGCGCUCCGGCGCUAACUUCCCAAGUGAGCGGUGGAUUCCCACCACCGCCGUGACGCAUUCGGAUGCACGUGUGGACGCAGGCAAGUCACGAGGCCCCUGGACUGAAAGCCAUUGUGCAUGGCGGUGACUGCUUGGUGACUGUGCCCAUAACUGUGACGACACAAGGCCUGACCGCCCAAGUAAUUGUCUAUACUUCCGUUCCAUUGACCCACGCGUCAGCGCCCAGCAGUUGACCGCCUGGCCGCUGUGCCUGACGGCCCUGACCGGAGUCACCGGAACCACCAGCACACGCCGGCUCCU